AAAGAAACCCUCGACUUUUCCCCUUCUCUACUUCUCUGCUUCUCCUGCUUCGUUCCAGAUCUCGGAGCUCGAACCCUAGAAAUUGUUGCGAAUCUUUGUCGCCAUUAGAGUCCUUGAAGAGAUCUUGAGGUUAUCCAACCGCCCUCAUGGCUUAUCCCGCCGGGAAAUCGGCGGGGAUCUUGUGACGGGGUUUUUCUAGGGUUUUCUCGGCGUUUGAAGGAUGGCGGCGAGUGGAGAUGGUGGUGGUGGGAGCUGGAGAGAUGGAAUGUCGGCGGAUAAUAUUAAGGGGUUGGUUCUGGCGCUGUCGUCCAGCUUCUUCAUCGGUGCUAGUUUCAUUGUGAAGAAGAAGGGGUUGAAGAAGGCUGGUGCCUCUGGAGUUCGUGCAGGAGUUGGAGGCUAUUCUUACUUGUAUGAGCCACUCUGGUGGGCUGGCAUGAUAACAAUGAUUGUGGGGGAAGUUGCUAAUUUUGCUGCUUAUGCAUUUGCUCCUGCCAUUUUGGUCACUCCUCUUGGUGCACUCAGCAUUAUUAUCAGUGCUGUCCUUGCUCAUAUUAUUCUUCGGGAGAAGCUGCAUAUUUUUGGUAUUCUUGGUUGUGUUCUUUGUGUUGUGGGAUCUACUACAAUUGUUCUCCAUGCCCCUCGAGAGCGUGAGAUUGAGUCAGUUGCUGAAGUAUGGGACCUCGCUACUGAACCAGCUUUUCUGUUCUAUGCCGCUGUUGUAAUUGCAGCAGUUUUUGUACUUAUAUUUCAUUUCAUCCCUCAGUAUGGGCAGACUCAUAUCAUGGUCUAUAUUGGUGUUUGCUCAUUAGUUGGUUCUCUGUCGGUCAUGGGUGUCAAGGCUCUUGGAAUUGCUCUAAAGUUGACAUUUUCAGGAAUGAAUCAGUUAAUAUAUCCACAGACCUGGGCUUUCACUAUUGUUGUAGUUACAUGUGUGGUUACCCAAAUGAACUACCUGAACAAGGCGCUUGAUACAUUCAAUACAGCAGUUGUAUCACCUAUCUACUUUGUGAUGUUUACAUCACUAACUAUUUUGGCUAGUGUGAUCAUGUUCAAGGACUGGGAUAGGCAAAACCCAACACAAAUAGUCACAGAGAUGUGCGGCUUUGUGACGAUUCUCUCCGGUACAUUUCUCCUCCACAGGACCAAGGACAUGGCUGAUGGUUCAUCACAGUCUCUGCCUUUGCGCCUUCCGAAGCAUGCCGAUGAGGAUGGCUUUCCAUCUGAAGGCAUUCCUCUUCGGCAUCAGGACUCAUUCCGGUCACCUUGAUAUGUAUGUUCUCAUGAUCUCUUCGCACACUCUAAAACUCGCAAAGAGGCCAUCACCGCAAAAUUCUCUUGUACUUAGAGAAAACCCGAGUUUAUCUUUUUGGUAUAGAAAGAGGCUACAUGCUUGCUGUGUGAUACACAAGAGUCUUGGUAACUUGUCAUCAGGCAUUUGCUCGGAGAAUUACACGAAUCACUUUAGGUUUUCUUGGUUUAAUUCACAUUUCCUGGAAUUUGACUGCCAAUAUCAUCUUGUAAAGCCAUGGUAAGAAAUUUAUUCCAGGUGAAAGUAGUUGUCCAUGUUUAUUAUGUUUUUAAGUGGAAAACUUUGUCGUUAACUGUUGUUGGUCGGAUCAUUGGUGUAAGCAUUGAUUACAAUAAACAUUGGGCACGAAUACAACCAUUAUUCUUUAUUGGCA